UUCAUUCCCACCUUGACCUGUUUCAGGCACCCAAGAAGGCAAAGAGAAGGGCAGCAACCGAAGGAGGAAGCUCCAAUGUUUUCUCCAUGUUUGACCAAACGCAGAUCCAGGAGUUCAAAGAGGCCUUCACUGUCAUUGACCAGAACAGAGAUGGCAUCAUUGACAAGGAUGACCUGAGAGACACAUUCGGUGCCAUGGGGCGCCUCAACGUGAAGAAUGAGGAGCUAGAUGCCAUGAUCAAAGAGGCCAGUGGCCCAAUCAACUUCACCGUCUUCCUCACCAUGUUUGGGGAGAAGCUGAAGGGUGCUGAUCCUGAGGACGUAAUCAUGGCCGCUUUCAAAGUCCUGGACCCUGAUGGCAAAGGCACCAUCAAGAAACAAUUCUUGGAAGAACUCCUGAGCACCCAAUGUGACCGGUUCACCCCAGAAGAGGUCAAGAACAUGUGGCACGCUUUCCCUCCAGAUGUAGCCGGCAACGUGGACUACAAGAACAUUUGCUACGUCAUCACACACGGAGAGGACAAGGAAGGGGAAUAAGCCCUGAAUUUCCCACCCUUGCUUUGUGGGGGAAUCCACCUAGACACCCCCAGGCCGGGGAGUUUCCUUUAACGCUGGUCCCAGGUGAUCCACACAUUUUUGUAAACCGGCAAUAUAAAUGUCAAUCUGUUAUUUAUUAUUAUUGGGGGGAGGAAAAUUACACCCCCUCCAACACCAAACCCUGUGCACCUCUACCAGUCUUAACUUGACCGGGACCUUUCUCUAUGAAAUGUCUUAAUAAAGAUGAGGACAUCUCUGUUUCUAA